AUGAGACAAGUCACCUGGGGCCGCGCAAGCAAGGCCGGGCUAACUACCAGUAUCGGCGCCCUCUUCAUGGUAGUGUCUGCACCUCUCUGGGUCCACCUCGACUGGAUAGCACUGGAGUAUUUCGACGCAUCUCUCACGACCACCCUCCGCGCGCUCAUGUCCAAAGGCCCCAUCACCUUCGUUCAAGAAUACUCUCCACACCCAUCCUAUCAAGCAGCACUCGGCUACACGGCGUGGCUCGCUCUCCAAUCGCUCCUGUACAGCUAUCUACCUGGGCCGAAAUGCUUGGGCCAACGCACCCCUGGCGGACAUCAGUUGUCGUACACAACGAAUGGACUGACGGCGUGGUACAUCACGCAUAUUGCUUUCCUAGCUGGGGCCCUUCUUGGUCUUUUGGAUCCGGCGAGUAUCGCGAAGCAUUGGCAGGGACUACUCGUCGCUGCUAAUGCGUAUGGCUUUGCGUUGGCAGUCCUUGCUCCACUGAAAGGGUAUUGGUGUCCGACUUAUCGUGAGGAUUGCAAGAUCAGCGGUGAGCAACACCCGCUCUUGGAUGUCGAACUGAAUCCGAGGAUUGGGAAACACUAUGAUCUCAAGUUCUUCCACAAUGGCCGACCGGGUAUUGUAGCCUGGACAUUGAUCAACUUCUCGUGGGCCGCAUACCAACGUGAACGACUCGGAUACGUGACCAAUCCAAUGCUCCUCGUCAUCGCCCUGCAAACCCUCUACGUCGUCGACUUCUUCAUCAACGAAAACUGGUACACGAGAACAAUCGACAUCUCCCACGACCACUUCGGUUUCAUGCUAGCCUGGGGCGACACCACCUUCCUCCCAACAACCUACACCCUGCAAGCCCAAUACCUCGCCCGCAACCCAAUACACCUCACCCCGCUCCACACCCUCGCAAUUCUCGCAACAGGCCUGACAGCCUACGCCAUCUUCCGCUCCGCCAAUCACCAACGCGACCACGUGCGCACCCACAACGGCGCAGCGCGCCUCUGGGGCCGACCAGCUACGUUCAUACGAGCUUCCUACUCUACCUCCGACUGGCAAGUGCACCACACUAUCCUUCUCACCUCGGGAUGGUGGGGCGUCGUCCGGCAUGCGAACUAUUUCGCCGAUCUGCUGCUUGCGGCGGCUAUGUGUGCGACGUGUGGCGUGACGCAUGUGCUGCCUUGGACGUAUUUCUUUUUUAUGGGGGUGCUGUUGUGGCAUCGGUGUGGGAGGGACGAGAGGCGGUGUCGGGCGAAGUAUGGGGCGUUUUGGGCAGAGUAUUGUGAGAAGGUGCCGUGGAGGCUGGUGCCGGGGGUGUAUUGA